CCGCCCCAGGAGGUUAAAGUAGUCCCAUUGCGCAUGCGUCUGUUUUCUCUCUUCACCUCACUGCGCUGAGCUUCACCAUGGCGAACGUUGCUGACACAAAACUCUACGACAUUCUCGGCGUGUCUCCUUCAGCGUCCGAAAAUGAGCUUAAGAAGGCCUACCGCAAAUUAGCUAAGGAGUAUCACCCUGACAAGAACCCAAAUGCUGGAGACAAGUUCAAAGAGAUCAGCUUUGCGUAUGAAGUGCUAACUAACCCAGAGAAGAAGGAGCUCUACGACCGUUAUGGAGAACAAGGACUGCGAGAAGGGGGCGGAGGAGGACCCGGCAUGGACGACAUCUUCUCUCACAUUUUCGGUGGUGGCCUCUUUGGCUUUAUGGGUGGUCAGGGACGCAGCCGAAACGGUGGCCGGCGGAGAGGGGAGGACAUGGUUCACCCUCUCAAGGUAUCACUUGAAGAUCUAUAUAAUGGCAAAACAACUAAAUUACAACUGAGCAAGAAUGUUCUUUGUAGCACUUGUAAUGGCCAGGGGGGGAAGACUGGUGCAGUGCAGAAGUGUGUGACUUGCCGGGGACGUGGUAUGCGCAUCAUGAUCAGACAGCUGGCUCCUGGAAUGGUCCAACAGAUGCAGUCUGUCUGCACUGACUGCAAUGGUGAAGGGGAGGUGAUCAGUGAGAAGGACCGCUGUAAAAAGUGUGAGGGGAAAAAGGUGGUAAAGGAUGUAAAGAUCCUGGAGGUGCAUGUGGACAAAGGCAUGAAACACGGCCAGAAGAUUACUUUUGGUGGAGAAGCGGAUCAGGCGCCUGGUGUGGAACCUGGAGACAUUGUCCUCGUUCUGCAGGAGAAGGAGCAUGAGACAUAUAAAAGAGAUGGACAUGACCUGCACAUGACUCAUAAGAUCGGCCUGGCUGAAGCGCUUUGUGGAUUUCAGUUUGUCCUGAAGCAUCUGGAUGGCAGACAGAUUGUGGUGAAAUAUCCAGCUGGCAAAGUCAUCGAGCCAGGUUCUUCCAGAGUUGUGAGAGGUGAGGGGAUGCCACAUUACCGCAACCCCUUUGAGAAAGGAGAUCUAUUCAUCAAAUUCGAUGUUCAGUUUCCAGAAAACAACUGGAUCAGUCCAAAGAAAUUAUCGGAAUUGGAGGAUCUGCUGCCCUCACGUUCUGAGGCUCCUGUAAUCUCCGGUGAGACAGAGGAAGUGGACCUGCAGGAAUUUGACAUGAGCCAAAGCUCAUCUGGCAGCCAUCGGCGUGAAGCCUACAAUGACAGUUCUGACGAAGAGGGUGGCCAUCAUGGCCCAGGGGUGCAGUGCGCCCAUCAGUAAUCAUGACUACCACAACCUGUCUGGAUCCAGAGAAGGAAAAAUGUUCUAGUUGCACAACAGCAGAACAACAAAGGUGUGGGUGUUUGUUUUAUUUCUUUUUAUUCUGUCUGAUUUAGUGUUUACCUUAAACAGCGAGUACACUGCUUUCCUCAGUGAACGCGCACAUGAGCCUGUAGAUCCUCCCCCCUUUCCUCUGUUCUGCCCUGCCCUUCUAGUUUCAUAUACAGGUGACCUAAUAUCAGACAGAGAAGAAGAAAAAAAAAAGGUCGUUUCUCUUUUACUUGGUGUGUAACUUGCAUUUUUGUUGUUGUUGGCGUUGCUGCUGUCAGCAUAGUAUUUAGAGUUAAUUUAAAACUAAUCCCAAUGUGCAGUUCUGGCCUUGGAUUCGAGCCUCUUUAUUUGUAAGAGUGUUUGUGUGAAAGUAAGUGAGGAGAGAAUGAGACUGUAAAAGAGAAAAGUCCUUGAAAUAAUACACACACCUUUGGGACAUAAUAUUCAUCACAUUUUUAGGUUGGUUUGUAUGCAUUUGUGCUUGAUUGAUUUUUACCACUUUACUUUGUAGAUUUUUACUUUUUUGUUUUGUUUCUUUUCUGUUAUAUUUUAAGAUCUGGAACAAGAGUCUACAGCAUUGUGUAAAGAAUUAAAGUGUUGUCAUUUAAGCUUUAUGAGCUGCAGUUAUCUAGAUUAAAUAAAACCUUCACUUGCCUGUAUCUGUCUUCAGCCCAGGUGCAUGCUGGGAAAGCACUGAAACAUCCAAAAAAUCGUAUAAUGAAACUGGGUGAGAAGCAGCUGUAGGUGUAUACCUUCUGUGGAAAUAUGUUUAUGAAAUUGUUAAAUAAAAACAAUAUCUCUCCAAA